AUGCAGGUAUUUACCCCCGACACAGAGCACGUGUGGCUUCCCGGCGUGAUAUGUGGAGCUAGCGGAGAUGGCAAGAAGCUCACGGUGCGACUAGAUGAGGUCGUGGGACCCAAAGAUGCGUCUGCCUUGGAGCACAUCCCGUCCGAGCGCGAACUCAGUGCGUUCGCUGGGUCGCAACGUGCCGUGGACCUCACAGACGCGUCGGUAUUGGAGGCGCUCAACGCCAAGAACACAUCAGUCGAGUCCGCAGACAACAAACCGUCGCUUCCUCUGCAAAAUACGAGUGAGAGCGCCAAUGGCUUCGAGGACAUGAUUCUCAUUGAUCAUUUGCACGAGGCGUCCAUCCUGUACAACCUGCGAAGACGAUUUUUCCGUCGAUUGCCAUACACAUACACAGGACGCAUCUGUAUCGCCGUGAACCCUUAUCAGUGGCUGGAUCUGUACUCCAAGCAGACAAUGGAGAAGUUCAGCGACGGGAAGCGGGAACACAAGCCGCCCCACGUCUACGCCGUGUCCAUGGAGGCGUUUUUCAACAUGCGGCAAAAGCAGGAGAACCAGAGCAUCCUCGUCUCAGGAGAGUCCGGAGCUGGCAAAACCGAGACGACCAAGAUCGUCAUGAGCCACUUGGCAGCUCUUGCCACCAACUCGAACUCGAAAGUCAUCCAGCAGAUUAUCAAAGCGAAUCCGCUGCUCGAGUCGUUCGGAAACGCCAAGACCGUGCGCAACGACAAUUCCAGUCGGUUCGGCAAGUUCACGGAGCUGCAGUUCACGAUGGAAGGCCAGUUGAUCGGCGCCAGAUCUCGCACGUAUCUGCUGGAAAAGAGUCGAGUCACGACGCAGGCGGAUGGCGAGCGCAACUUCCACAUUUUCUACCAAUUACUGGCGCAGCGCAAGCAAUUUCCCGAUCUGGAGCUCGACAUGGUCAACUCGUUCAAGUACGUUUCCGAGCGCGCGGAAGCCCCCGGAGGCGACGAAGAAGGAGACCUCAGUCGCACGCGUGAAGCUCUGGAGCUUGUGGGCAUCGAGCAGCCGUUGCAGCUGGAGAUUAUCCAGAUUCUGGGCGCGGUGCUGCAUCUGGGCGAGUCGGAGUUCACUACGCGCAACGGAGACGUCGACGCGUCCCAACUGGCGGAUCUAAAGCACUUCGCAGUGGCCUGUCGCCUUCUGGGCGUCGAGGUGGACGCUCUGGAGCGCGCGGUGUGCAACCGCAACGUGUUUGUGGGUCGGGAAGUGAUUCUGAAGCCCAUGACACGCGACCAGGCGGCGGACUGUCGCGAUGCGCUGGCCAAGAGCCUGUACUCGAAGCUUUUCCUGUGGCUGGUGGAGCAGAUCAACCAGACGAUCGGGGUGAAAACUGCGGGAGCAGGCUCGUUCAUCGGCAUUCUCGACAUCUUUGGCUUCGAGCACUUUGAGACGAACUCGUUCGAGCAGUUCUGCAUCAAUUACGCGAACGAGAAGCUGCAGCAGAAGUUCGUGCAGGACGUGCUCAAGACGGUGCAGAUCGAGUACGAGGAGGAGAACAUUUCGUGGUCGCACAUCACGUUCGCAGACAACCAGGACGUGCUGAACCUCAUCGAAGGUCGUCUGGGCGUCAUCAGCUUCUUGAACGAGGAAUCGCUGCUUGCGACGGGCACAGACGCGUCGUUCGCGAGCAAACUGGGCGCUGUGAUGGAGAACAACCCGCUGCUGGAGACCCCGAGACUGAACAAAUGCGCCUUCUCCAUCUACCACUACGCGGGUAAGGUGACGUACGACGCGUCAGGCUUCCUGGACAAGCACCGCGACGCCAUCUUGCCGGAUAUCAAGCAGUGCAUGAGCAAGUCGACGCUCAAGAUCUUGUCCAAGAUGUUCACAGACGACGUGAACGCCAGCAGCGCCAGCUCCACGGCGUCCUCGGCUCGCGGGAGAACACGCAGCACUAGUGCGAAGAAGGGCGGACACGCGCAGACGCGUCGCACGACCGUCGGCACCCAGUUCAAGGAGAGUCUGUCGCAGCUCAUGGAGAAGAUCGGGCUCACCGAGGUCCACUACGUGCGCUGUCUGAAGCCGAACCCGCUGAAAAGUGCCCACUGCUUCUCGCACGGCGACAUUGUGAGUCAACUGCGCUGCGCCGGUGUCAUUGAGGCCAUCCGCGUGUCUCGCAGUGCGUAUCCGAGUCGUAUGCCUCAUCUCGAGUGCUUCAAGAAGUUCCGCGUGCUGCAAACCGGCGCCGUUCCGACGCAGAGCAAGUUUAUCAGCGACUCGGACACGGAACACAUUAAGGAUCAGUGCGAAGAGCUGAUGGACAAGCUGCUGCCGGGACGCAACAUCCAGGACUACCAGGUGGGCCUCACGCGUGUGUAUUUCCGCGAGGGAGUGCUGGAAGAGCUCGAGACCAAGCGCGGCUGGGCGCUACGCAAGUAUGCGAUCGUGCUGCAGAAGAACGUGCUGUGCUGGCUCAUGCGUCGUCGCUUCCUGCGCCAGAAGCAGCAGAUCGUGGUCAUCCAGAAGUACUGGCGGCGCUACGUGGUCCACAAACGCUACUUGACGCUGCGUCGAGGUGUCGUGGUGCUGCAGGCGCAGGCCCGCGGCGUGGCGGCGCGAAAGAUGUAUCGCGUGCUCAAGUUCGACUACUGCAUCGUGCGGUUCCAGGCGUACUGUCGCAUGCACACGGAGCGUCAGCGUUAUCUCAAGAAACUGGCUGCUGUUCGCCGCCUGCAAGGAUUCUUCCGCUUCUCUCUACUGCGUCUCGUGUUCCUAAGGAAGAUGGAGAAGGAGAAGGCGUACAAGGAGCUCGGGUCCAAGGUGGCGCAGCUGCAGAUGAAGCUGGACAGGAAACAGGUGCAUACUGGAGCCAAGAUGUCUCCGUCUGGCAAGAACCGGUCGUUGAGUCCGUCCGACGUGCCGCACGCGUCCGGUCCAGGCAGCACAAGCAGCAGUGCCUCCACGCGAGGCUCGAUGCUCAACAGCCGGUUCAGCGGCACGAGCGGCAUCCUUGACGAGAGCAACGAAGUGAUCACGGCGCUCCACGAAGAGAACGAGAAGCUGCGGCAGCAGUUGGAGAAGCAAGAGGCCGAGAUCCAGCGCCUCAAGACGGAGAAUCGGACGCUCAAGAACUGGCAGCAGUCCAAGGAAGUCGGCGAGCAGGUGCAGAAACUGGCGCACAGAGACCAGGAGAGCAAGGAUCUGACGUAUCUGGCUGCCAUCGAGACGGAGUACGAGAAACUGCGCACGUACAUUUGCGAGUCGCGCGAGUUGCCGACGGAUGUUGGCAGCAUCACGCAGGCCAACAACGCGCCACCGGCGACUGGCGGCCGCGGCUCGUUGACGUCCGUGUCGUCGGAGAAGUCGCUGCUCGCUACGGCGGCGGCGAACGGCAUUAUGGACCAGAAAUCGGCAGAGGCGCAUCAUUUGUUGAUGAAGAGCGCGGCGCGCAUUGCACACGCCAAGAGCAAAGUCUUCAGUAAGGGCAACGCACGUCGCGUCAAGGAUCAUUGGGAGGAGAUCCGGAACUUCCCACCGCCCAUGCACUACUCGCUGGGCUCGGUGCCCUGGAAGCGCCUGCUCACGGACUGGGCGCAGGGCAACCCGAAGAAACUCGACUACAUGACGCGCUGGCUCAAGAACGUCCUCGACGGCGGGCCGAUUGUGUCGGACACGUUCCCGAUGGGUGUGGAGCUCAAGUAUGUGACGCCCAUGAUGUUGGAUGGGUUUAUGCAGCUAGUGAUCCCGAAGCUGGCCGAGCGACCAGAUAUCCAGGUGCACGUGCACACGAAGGAGUUUAUCGGAACAAGUAUGCGGAUCACGCUGUCGCAGCUGGAACAGCAGGGCAGCCAGCGUAGUCCGGCCCACCCACGAGUAGAACGCUCGGCGCCGAUGGAAGUGGAAGAUUUCCAGCGGAUUUCGAUCCUCGCCAACUCCAAUAGCCGCAACUCGAGCAGUCGAAUGUCUACGUCAACGUUGAGUCUGUCGCCCAUGGAGUCGAGUUCGGCAAUUUCGUCGGGUAGUCCGAGCAGCUAUCGCUCCAGCAUCUUCCGCUCUGGACGCAGCAAUCACAACGGCGACCAUAGCGCCCGCAACUCGUUCUUCCAUCGGAACAAGUAGAAAGCGGCAGAGGAAGACGGAAGAUGGUUAAAAGACGCCGAGACUUGGAUGGAGUGGCGGCGGCUUAUGGAUAGGAGGGAGGUACUUAUGUGUUUUAGUGGUAGAUUGGGUAGCCAUCGGUGACGUCUGGGUCAGCUUGUGGUGGAGACGAGAGGCUUCAAACUCUCUUUCGCUUGUCCACGAGACUUUAGACAGGAGGGAAAAC